AUGGAGAUCGCGUGGGGCCACGGCGCGUGGGGAUUGAAUCGCAGCUCCAGAGGUUUUUUUGGGGACCGGCCAAUCCAACUUCCUAUAUAUAACCGAAGAAACAAUGGUGGUUCGAGAUUAAUGUCUGAAAGAAGUUGGAGAAAAACCCGUUUGACCAGUUACCCCCACCAGAGAGCCAAUUCUCGCUCUCCUCCUCCUCCUCCUCCUCCUCCCCACCAUUGCCGCCACCUUGCUCCGCCGGCCGUACGAAGCCAGACCCCAAAUCCCAGCCCCGCCGACGCCGCCGCCGCCGCCUCGAGGGGGGGCUAGAAGAAAGGCCAAAACUUGCAGUUUCCGAGCUGCUGUCGCCUGCCUUAAUGAUGGUGGUCUCCACAUUCGCAUACUUAUAAAGAACACACCUUCUCAGUUGGGACCCUCCACCGUCGCCGAGAACCCCACCCCCCCGAUAUAUACCCUUUUGCCAGGAGCCUCGAAAAGUUAGCAAAAGUUUGCCAGAAUUGGUGCAGGAAAACUGGUGGGGCUUUGAUCUCGGCUUCUCCCUUUGUUUAGCUUCUUCUCUAGGUCCCGCUAAUUAGGCCAUGGCGGACAUAGUGAAACAGAUUCUCGCCAGGCCGAUCCAGCUGGCCGAUCAGGUGACCAAGAUGGCCGACGACGUCCACGUGUCGUUCAAGCCCGACUGCGCCGAGAUCAAGGCCAAGACGGAGAAGCUGGCCGCACUCCUCCGCCAGGCGGCCCGCGCCAGCAACGACCUCUACGAGCGCCCCACGCGCCGGAUCGUCGCCGACACCGAGCAGGUCCUCGACAAGGCCCUCGCCCUCGUGGUCAAGUGCCGGGGCAACAGCCUGAUGAAGCGCGUGUUCACCAUCAUCCCCGCGGCUGCGUUCCGGAAGACCUCCAUGCAGCUGGAGAACUCGAUCGGGGACGUCUCCUGGCUGCUGCGGGUGUCGGCCUCCGCGAACGACCGCGACGACGAGUACCUGGGCCUCCCGCCCAUAGCCUCCAACGAGCCCAUCUUGUGUCUAAUAUGGGAGCAAAUCGCAAUCCUCUAUACGGGCUCGGUAGAGGACCGGUCCGACGCAGCUGCCUCGUUGGUCUCGCUGGCCCGGGACAACGACCGCUACGGGAAGCUGAUCAUCGAGGAAGGCGGGGUGCCGCCGCUGCUGAAGCUCGCCAAGGAAGGGCGGCUGGAAGGGCAGGAGAACGCGGCCAGGGCGAUCGGGCUGUUGGGGCGGGACCCCGAGAGCGUCGAGCAAAUCGUGAACGUGGGCGUGUGCUCGGUGUUUGCAAAGAUCCUCAAGGAAGGCCGCAUGAAGGUCCAGGUCGUGGUGGCGUGGGCGGUGUCGGAGCUGGCCGCGAACUACCCGAAAUGCCAGGAUCAUUUCGCCCAGAACAACGUGAUCAGGUUGCUGGUGAGCCAUCUGGCGUUCGAGACCGUGCAAGAGCAUAGCAAGUAUGCGAUCGCGAGCAAACAGAAGAUGUCGAUACAUUCAGUGGUGAUGGCAAGUAACAGCAAUCAGGGUGACGCUGAUGCGCCUGGACAUGAAGAUGAUCACGACAAGCAAGCUCUGGACGGUCACAUUGCACAUCCCAUGGGCAAUGAAACCCCAAGCCAAAUGCAGAAUGUGGUGGCCAACACCAUCGCCAUGAAGCACCAAGCAUCCUCGCACUCCAAGCCACCCACGUCGAUGCAGAGCUACGCCCCAAAUCACCAUCCCAACAAUGCUAAGACCGCCCAGAACAGCGCCAAGCAGCAUCACCACCACCACCACCAGCCCCAGCACGUGGCGUUGGCCGGGAGUAGCAUCAAGGGGCGAGAGUUCGAAGACCCCGCGACCAAGGCCCAGAUGAAGGCGAUGGCCGCUCGGGCCCUUUGGCAGCUCUCCAAGGGGAAUGUCGGGAUUUGCCGGAGCAUUACGGAAUCGAGAGCGCUCCUCUGCUUCGCCAUUCUGCUCGAGAAGGGUCCCGAAGACGUUCAGUCCUUUUCGGCGAUGGCACUGAUGGAGAUCGCGGACGUGGCCGAGCAGAACUCAGAGCUGAGGCGCUCUGCCUUCAAGCCGACUUCCCCGGCCGCCAGGGCGGUCGUGGACCAAUUGUUGAAGGUGAUCGAGAAGGGCGAGUCACACCUCUUGCUGACUUGCAUCAAGGCCAUCGGCAGCCUGGCAAGGACUUUCCGAGCAACCGAGACGAGGAUCAUCAGCCCGCUGGUGAAGUUGCUCGACGAGAGGGAGCCUGAGGUGUCGAUGGAGUCCACCAUCGCCCUGAAUAAGUUCGCGUGCACGGACAAUUUCCUCCACCUCUACCAUUGCAAGGCCAUCAUCAGCGCCGGCGGCGUCAAGCACUUGAUUCAGCUUGUCUACUUCGGGGAGCAGAUGGUCCAAAUCCCGGCAUUGAUACUCCUGUGCUACAUCGCGCUACACGUCCCUGACAGCGAGACGCUCGCGCAGGAGGAGGUGCUCAUAGUCCUAGAGUGGUCGACGAAGCAGGCGCACCUAAACGAAGAGUACACGAUCAAGGACCUGUUGCCGGAGGCCAAGAGCCGGCUCGAGCUCUAUCAGUCCAGGGGUUCGAGAGGGUUCCAUUGAUUCAAUCCGGAGCUGUACGACAUAUGAAAUGCUUAGCGAGAUUAGAACUACUGGGCGGGGAGAAAUUUUUGGUUUAGUUCGUCUCUGCUGUGAUCGACAUUAAAUGUACAUAAAAUAGAAUCGUCACAUUCAAUCACCAUUCAGCAAAAGAGACCAGGAAGAGUCCUUCAAU